AUGAAGUGCGUGCCCUACUUCCGCUGCGGCGAGGAGGACAUCGUAAGCGACCAGCUGGGCGCCUUCGACAUCCGCAUCGGCAAGACGCAGUUCGAAGACGAGCACGAUUUCCUCACGCACUCGGAAUGCGCACGCUUUGGCGACCCGCGCCACCACCCGUACGUUCCGCAGUGCGGCCGGCGGCGGCCGGACGGCAUCGGCGCACGUAUCAUCGGCUUCAACGAGAGUGAGUCGCAGUUCGGCGAGUUCCCCUGGAUGGUGGCCGUGCUGCGCGUGGAGGAGCUGGGCGAUGAGGUGGUGCUGACGGCGGCUCACUGCCUGCAAGACCUGGAGGGCUCGCGUCUCGUGGUGCGGCUCGGCGAGUGGGACACGCAGCGCGAGUCUGAGGUGCUGCCGCACCUGGAUAUCGAGGCGGACGGCUUCGAGCCGCACCCCGACUUCGACCCGAAACGACUGCGCGAUGACGUGGCCCUACUGUUCCUGUCCGAGCCCGCGCACUGCAGGAGCACAUCGACACCCUCUGCCUGCCGACCGCUGAUGUCAACUACAACCGCGCCGACUGCCGUCGCUACCGGCUGGGGCAAGGACGCCUUCGAUGACGGCUUUUUCCAGACGGUGCUCAAGCAGAUCGAGCAUGCCCGCACGUGCCGAGGCGGCCUGCCAGCGCGCGCUGCGCAAGACCCGGCUGGGCAAGUACUUCCGGCCUAG